UGCUGUGAUCAAUCCUUCUCUGACUCUGAGUAGAGUUCUUGCUUCAACAGUGUUUGAACGGAGCCCUCUCUGAGUCUUCAGCUCUUUUUUUUUUAAAAAUCCUCUUCUAUCAUUACUUAUUUUUUCGAAUCUUUUUGCGCCACCAAUCCACCAAAACACCGAAAUGGCAUCCCAGGUGCGUCAGAACUUCAGCAGCGACUGCGAAGCUGCCAUCAACCGCAUGGUCAACUUGGAGCUGUAUGCAUCCUAUGUGUACCUCUCCAUGUCCUAUUACUUUGACCGCGAUGACGUUGCCCUUGAACAUGUGGCCAAGUUCUUCAAGGAGCAAAGCCACGAGGAACGGGAGCACGCUGAGAAAUUUCUGAAAUAUCAGAACAAGCGCGGUGGUCGUAUCGUUCUUCAGGAUGUGAAGAAACCAGAGCGUGAUGAAUGGGGCAAUACCCUGGAAGCCAUGCAGGCUGCGCUGGAUCUGGAGAAGACUGUGAACCAGGCUCUCCUGGACCUGCACAAGCUGGCAUCUGACAAGACUGACCCCCAUCUCCAAGACUUCCUGGAGUCAGAAUACCUGGAAGAACAAGUGAAGGAUAUUAAGAAGCUUGGAGACUACAUCACCAACCUGAAACGCCUUGGGGUGCCACAGAACGGCAUGGGCGAGUACCUGUUCGACAAGCACACCCUGGGAGAGAGCAGCUAAGAUCUCCAAAGGAAAGCCAAGCCAUCAAUCGUUGUAUCUUAAUCACCUCUUUAUUAUCUGAAUUGAAUAAAUGAAAUGAUCUACCAUCAAUCCCUAUACAGGGUUCUUGGGUUCCAAAUCCUGCAUUUGCUGCUGUGCUUGUCAACAUGUUUCAAUAAAAGUAUUUUUCAGCAUUCCAAA